AGGUUUUGAGUCGGCAACUCGGUUUUCCCUUCUCCCCUCCCUUCCAUUUUUUUCUUCUCUCUCUCUCUCUGCUUGCAGAGUCGUAUUACGUACUGCGUUCAGACAUCAUUUUUUAGAGUUAGCCAUGCGCCGUGCCACCUGCGCUGUGGCGGCGCACUACGCCAAGCCAGUCACCGCCCUCGCCUCCGUGCGCACCAUCAUCGCUGCCAAGGGUAUUGUAGAAAACCGCAUCACGAAGCAUUACACCAACCGCACCGUGGAGGAGUCCAAGGCGGAGCGGGCGGAGAGCACCAAGAAGCUCCUGCACCCCAACCCACGCAACCGCAAGGAUGAACUGAGUCACCUGACGCAGCAGUGCAGCUACGAGUACGUGCCGGAGUUUCAGCGGUGGGCCAAUGAUAUGAUGGCGGUGUAUAGCGACCCGCAGGGCUACGGGCAUGACAUGGCCUAUCACUACCACCGUAUCUGGAAGGCGAAGAGCUUGACGCGCCGUGGUGUCGAAGACGGCAGCGGUGCGGUUGAUAUUUGCCGUGUCCAUCCUCAUUAA